AUGGAGAAGGAAAAGGACUUCAACACCACGCUCGAAAACGUCGUCAGCAACAUCGACAAUGAGCUGACCAACGCCGAGGCCACUGGCAAGCUGGCCAGCAUCAGCGAGGCCAUGGCCAACAGCGGAACGGCCACAGAGCAUCGACUCGGCGCCUGGGAGGCCUUUAAGCUAUACCGCAAGGGAGCGUUUUGGUCCAUGUUCAUCUCGCUCAGCAUCAUCAUGCGCGCCUACGACAUUGAGAUCAGCGGUAACUUCUUUGCGCUGCCGGCGUUCCAGAAACACUUUGGCGUUGAUUACGGCCCAGACCAUGGAGGAUUUCAAAUCCCGGCACGAUGGCAAGUUGCCAUGAGCAUGGGCAGCUUGGUCGGUCAAAUUCUCGGAGCAUACCUCGUCUCGUACCCCAUGGAAAUGUUUGGCCGCAAGAAGACAUUUGCUGUUUGCCUUGUUCUGACUGCCAUUUUGACUUUUAUGCAAUUCUUUGCAAACACCAUUGGCGUCUUGACAGCCAGCCAGUACCUCAGCGGCAUUGUGUGGGGAGGCUACUGCGUUAUUGCAACGACCUAUGCGUCUGAGGUUUUGCCUCUCAGUCUCCGUGGCUUCCUCACCGGCUACAUCAACCUGUGCUACGUUAUGGGUCAAUUCAUCCAGACAGGUAUCACUCGUGGCUUCAUCAACCGACCCGACCAGUGGGCAUACCGAAUCCCAUUCGCUAUCCAGUGGGCAUGGCCAGUCAUCCUGCUUGCCGGUCUGCCAUUUGCCCCUGAGUCGCCUUGGUGGCUGGUCCGACAGAACAAGAUGGAAAAGGCUGAGCAAUCCCUUAAGAAGCUUGUUCAGCCAGACUCUGGCAUCAACACCAAGGAUACACUUGCCAUGAUGGUCAAGACAGACCUUCUGGAGCGAGAGUUGGAAGUUGGCACCACUUACGCCGACUGCUGGAAGGGACCUAACCGACGACGCAUGGAAAUUUGUAUCUUGCUGUUUGUCAUCCAGAAUUUCAGCGGCAACCCAGUUGGCUUUGCAACCUACUUCUUCGAACAGAUUGGCCUCAACAAUGUACAGGCAUUCGACAUGGGAGUUGGCCUCAACGGAGUUGGCUUUGUCGGCACUCUUCUUUCCGCAAUCCCUCUGAUCUAUCUCGGUCGCCGUCCCGCCUACAUCUUCGGUCUCAGCUUCAUGGUUGCUAUACUCUUCAUCGUCGCUCUUCUGAGUUUCGCCCACGAUUAUACAACCAAGCUCUCCUACCGCUGGGCUCAAGCCACUUUGCUUAUUAUCCUUCAGUUUGUCUGGCAGGCAACCCUCGGCCCGCUGACAUAUGUCGUUGUCUGCGAGACGCCAUCCACGAAGCUGCGAGCCAAGACAAUUGCCAUCGCCACGAUGAUUGAUGCUGUUACAGGACUGGUUACUUCUGUUAUCGGACCGUACCUGCUCAACCCGGGUGCUGCGGGGGCCGGAGCCAAGAUUGAGUUCUUGUAUGGCGGCAUUUCAGUCUUUUCUCUUAUUUGGACCAUCUUUAGAAUGCCCGAGACCAAAGGCAGAACGUACGAAGAGCUGGAUAUCAUGUUUGAGAGAAACGUACCGGCAAGAAAGUUUGCCACAUACAAGAUUGAGGAAGAGGAUCUACACGUAUAA